AUGCCCGCUCAACUAAACGGGUCUAUGACCGCCAGCAUCCCCAUCCGAAUACCCGGCGACCAGACCACCGUCCUCUGCAAGCAGCACAAGCACUCGCGAUCAUCAUACUCGGAGUCCUCCCCACUCGCAAAUUCUCGAAACAAUUCCCUAACCUUCCGCCCCGUCAAGAGGCUAAUGUCGAAUCCCGACAAGACUAUUGCCGUCAUCAAUGCCAGCGGUCGGCAGGCUGCGUCGUUAAUUCGCGUAGCCACCGCCGUUGGCUACCAUGUGCGCGCACAGCUGAGGAAUCUCGAGGGCGUCGUCGCCGCUGAGGUUUCUGGCAACCCCAACGUCACUGUCUUUGUCGGCGAACUCUACACGAGACACAGCCCUUCCGAGGCGAACCGCGACGUUACCAAACAUGGUCCUCUGGCCGGUGUCGGCGUCAACUACGAAUUGAUCGCGAACCUGUUCCGUGGCGCCCAGCUCGCCUUCAUUAACACCACCUUUUACGGCGACGAGAUCCAGAUCGGAAAGGCGCUCGCCGAUGCCGCUAAGCGCGCAGGGAUCCAACACUAUGUGUACUCGUCGAUGCCCGACCAUGCCGCCUACAACCCUGAGUGGCCAUCACUACCUCUCUGGGCCGCCAAGCACGAGGUCGAGCAAUACGUUCGGAAGCUGAGGCUUCCCUCAACCUUUGUGUACACCGGCAUCUACAACAACAACUUUACAUCACUCCAGUACCCUUUGUUCUGCAUGGAGCUGCAGAGAGAUGGGUCAUUCAAGUGGCAGGCGCCGUUCCAUGAAGACGCCAAACUGCCUUGGCUAGACGCUGAGCACGACGUCGGCCCAGCUGUCCUUCAGAUCUUCAAGGACGGUCCUGCCAAGUGGCACGGAGAGCGUAUAGCACUUGCAUACGAAUAUCUCACUCCCCGGGAAGUGUGCCGCCUCUUCUCGCGGGGUGUUGGUCGUCCUGUGCGCUAUGUCCGAGGCCCCAUCGAGAUUAAGGUCCGAAUCCCCGAAGGCUACCGGGAACAGCUUGUCGGACUGGAGCAGCUCUUUGAUCCAAAUCGCAAGGAUGCCCGCAAGCAGCCCCCCUACUUUGGAGACCCCAGGGUGGAGAUCAGCUGCCCAAGCGAAGCUCUGGAGCUCUGGGAAGGCCCUCGAGGAAUGGAGGAAUAUGCGCGGGAGAUGUUCCCACUGGAAGAGGAGGCCAAUGGCUUGACAUGGAUGCUAGAUGACGACGGAAGCGACGACGAGGAUGUGCAAGUCGCAGCAACCUCGGUUGAACAAUUAAGAAUCCACAACGGCGACGACGACAGUGACGACGAUAAUGACGAUGGCCUAGUUAUGCGAGGCAGCCGAGGGCGUAAGCGGGACGAGGAGGAGUGGUUGGCAUAG